AUGCCUUCCAUCUCAAAUCUUGCGCUGGCUGGCCUUUUGGCUGCUGGCCAGGGGGCUAGUGCUUCGCUCGUUGGGGCUAUUCAGUUGGAGAAGUUUAUCAAGCAGGAGACCCCCAUUGCUCUCCAGGCUGUCCUCGACAACAUCGGCCCCGACGGAAUCAAGGUUCCUGGUGCUGGACGCGGUCUUGUGAUUGCUAGCCCGUCUACUUCCGAUCCUGAUUACUUCUUCACCUGGACUCGUGACGCGGCCUUGACUUUCAGGACGCUGAUUGAUGAUUUCGUGUUUGGAAACAAGGCUCUUGAGCCGUUGAUCAACGAUUAUAUCUACGGUCAGGCUCGUCUCCAGACUGUGAGCAACCCUUCGGGGACGCUUUUGCCCAACGGUGCUGGGUUGGGUGAGCCGAAGUAUAUGAAGGAUGGUUCGAGGUAUAAUGGGAACUGGGGGCGUCCUCAGCGCGAUGGGCCUCCUUUGAGGGCUAUUUCGUUGAUUCAGUACUCGAAUUACCUUGUCUCGAAGGGGCAGAAGGCGAGGGUGAAGGAUGAGAUUUGGCCCAUCAUUGCUAAUGAUCUGGCUUAUGUUGGACAGUACUGGAACUCCACUGGCUUCGACCUCUGGGAGGAGGUGAACGGUGCCUCGUUCUUCACCACCCAGGCUCAGUACCGCUCUCUCGUCGAGGGCGAGGCCCUUGCCAAGGUCCUCGGUCUCCCCUGCACGGCCUGCACCGAGGCUCCCCAGGUCCUCUGCUUCCUCCAGUCCUACUGGAACGGCAAGUUCAUCACCGCCAACUUCAUCCAGGGCAACCACAACCGCGGCGGCGUCGACGCCAACACCGUCCUCGGCCCCCUUGUCGCCUUUGACCCUUAUGCCCCCUGCGACUCCCCCAGCCUCCAGCCUUGCCACCCUCGCAUGCUGGCCAACUUCAAGAACUUUGUCGACACCUUCCGUGACCCGGCCUUGUACCCCAUCAACAAGGGCAUCCCCCAGAACAAGGGCAUCGCUCUCGGUCGCUACCCGGAGGACAUUUACUACAACGGUAACCCCUGGUACCUCAUCACCCUCGGUUCCGCCGAGUACCUCUACGCCGCCAUCGCCAGCUGGGAGAAAUCCGGCGGCAUCACCAUCACCCCCACCUCCCUCCCCUUCUUCAAAGACCUCUACCCCUUGGCUCGCGUCGGCACCUUUGGCAAGCUCCAUCCCGCGUACUACCUCAUCAAGGGCCUAGUCAAGACCUACGCCGACUCCUUCGUUGCCGUCUCCCAAAAGUACACCCCCAAGGACGGCAUGAUGGCCGAGCAGUUCCUCAAGGUCGAGCCCUUCACCCCCAUCUCCGCCAGAAACCUCACCUGGUCUUUUGCCGCCUUUGUCGGGAUGAACCACCGCCGACAGGGCCACCUCCCUCCCUCGUGGGUCCCCAAGAAUGUCAAGGUCCCUGAUGUCUGCGUUGGUACCUCUGUCAAGGGCACCUACGCCCCUGCCACCCAGGCUGGUGCUCCCAAUGUUACUAUUCCUUGCAUCUCCAACGUUCUGUUCCAGCUCAAUGCCUCGACGUAUUAUGGCGAGAACCUUUAUGUUGUGGGCAACUCGCCCACGCUGGGUAGCUGGGAUUUGGAGACGGCGUACCCGCUGAUGAGCAGCAGGUAUACUGACGAGAGGCCGCUUUGGUUCGCCACCAUCCCGCUUGAGAUGGAGGAGGGUGUGUCCACGCUGAGGUACAAGUAUGCCAGGCAGCAGGAUUGCGGGCAGGAGUGGAUUGUGGAGGAGGAGGAGAGGGUGUUGGAGGUGCCGGCUUGUGUGAAGGAUGGGAGUGAGGAGGUUUUGGCGGAGAGGGAUGAGGCUUUUAACGGGCCUGCUGGGUCUCCUGGCGGUUGCUAG